UCAAGAAUUGGAAUGUUAAACAUUAACCAUAAAUGUUUCUCUAGUCUUAACAUUAGUUUCUCACUAAGCAUAUGAGUUAAAAAUUAAUUCAACAUGUGAUUUAGUUUGUUGACCGCUUGAGGGUUAAUAAAACUCCCCGCUGAACUUUAAAUUCCGUCGGAGAACCUAAUUUUGAGUAGCUAAUGUUGGUGUCCCUGCUUCCAGUCUAUUUAUACAGUUGUGGUGGUGAAAGAAUGAUGAUAAGAACAUUGCAAGCAUAAAAACAGAAUACGCAAUCAAGACCUCUUCUGUUGCGGAUGAGACUGCUCAGCAAAGUCUUCAUUGGAGCUUUGUACCUCAGCGGUGUUCCACUGCUCUGUCGCUCGCCGGCUAAAUUUAACCUUGCAACAAUGUCAUCCUCCAGCUCAAAGUACGAGCCCGGAACACACUCCGUGGCCUUCGUCACGACGCCCGACGAGAACUCGGCGAAGAAGCUGGCACACUUGCUGCUGAACCAGAAGCUGGCCGCCUGCAUCAACAUCGUGCCGCAAAUCACAUCCAUUUACGACUGGGACGGCAAAAUCAGCGAAGACUCCGAAGUGCUGAUGAUGAUCAAGACGCGCACGAGUCGCGUAGAUGAGAUCUGCAAGCUGGUCAGGGACAAUCAUUCGUACAGCGUGGCCGAAGUCAUUUCUCUGCCCAUCGAAAACGGGAAUCCGCCGUACAUGGAGUGGCUCUCGAAAAGUGUUCCGGACAAGACAUAAUUUUUUUUCUCUCUCUGCCCAUAAGCAUCUUCUGAGUCGCGAGACAAGCGCUUGCAAAUUGAUUUCGUAAGUUUCUACAGUGUAUAUUAUAACAAUAAUUGUAAAGGAGUAUGAAAAUAAAAUUUACAA